CAGCCCCAGACGAACACCCAGGAUUUGCACCGCCAGCGUCGUCCGUCGCUCAAGCGGCUGCCAGGGGAAUCAUGACCACUUUCGCACGGCCCGUGGCCUCCUCCAUCGCGGGGAUUGACUUUGGUGUUUACAAUGAUGAAGACAUCAAAGCUAUCUCUGUAAAGCGAAUCCAUAAUACGCCGACAUUGGAUUCCUUCAACAACCCGGUCCCCGGUGGUCUCUAUGACCCGGCUAUGGGUGCAUGGGGUGACCAUGUCUGCACGACAUGUCGUCAGACCUCCUGGUCUUGUACCGGUCACCCCGGACAUAUCGAACUUCCCGUCCAUGUGUACAAUGUCACGCAUUUCGACCAGCUGUAUCGUCUACUCAAGGGCCAGUGUGUCUACUGCCAUCGCUUCCAGAUGACCCGGUUCAACAUCAACACCUACACCUGCAAAUUGCGACUGCUACAGUAUGGCUUGGUUGAUGAGGUGGCUGUUAUCGAUUCCAUGGCACAUAAGAAAGUCGAGAAGAAGAAGUCAGCCAAGGACGGUGAGGGAUCCAGCAGCGAGGAUGAAGACGACGACGAUAUCAUCGAGCGCAGAAACACCUAUGUCAAGAAGUGUAUCCGUCAAGCGCAGGCAGAUGGAAGGCUGAAGGGCCUCAUGGCUGGUGCGAAGAACCCGCUGGCUGCGGAGCAGCGACGAGUACUUGUUAGAGAGUUCUUCAAGGACAUUGGCUCUCCUUCCAAGUGCGCCAGCUGUAGUGGAAUUUCCCCGUCAUACCGGAAAGAUCGGUCUUCAAAAAUCUUCCGCAAGGCCCUCACCGAGAAAUCCAGACACCUGAUGGCGCAAGCUGGAUUCCAGAUACCAAACUCUUUGGUCCUUCUGCAGCAAGCUAAGAAGCUUACUUCCAAAGAGAAGGAGGCGCUUGCCAACGGGGUGUCUGACAGUCAUAGCACCACUUCGGAAAUACAUGGAGCGGAGGAAGAGGUUGCACGUGGAAAUGCUAUCGUGGCCCAGGCUGAGAGCAAAAAACAGGCUCCUGGUGAGAGCCAGCAGUUUAUGCCCUCUCCCGAGGUUCACGCUACGAUGUCACUGCUUUUUGAAAAAGAGGAGGAGAUCCUAAGCCUUGUUUAUAACUCCCGACCAUUGCCGAAGAAGGAGUCGCGGGUUAGCGCGGACAUGUUCUUUAUCAAGAACAUCCUAGUGCCACCGAACAAGUUCCGUCCUGCAGCGCCGCAAGGACCUGGCCAGAUCUUGGAAGCUCAGCAGAACCAAUCCCUGACGUCGAUCUUGAAGAACUGCGACAUCAUCAACCAGAUCAGCAAGGAGAGGCAGAGCGCGGGCGCCGACUCCGCUACGCGGGUGCGGGACUACCGCGAUCUUCUUCACUCGAUUGUGACCCUCCAGGAUACUGUCAACAUGCUCAUCGACCGUGACCGCGGUAAUGCUACGGGACCGGCUGCCGCCGCCGCCCCGAUGGGUAUCAAACAAUAUUUAGAAAAGAAGGAGGGUCUGUUCCGGAAGAACAUGAUGGGAAAGCGUGUCAACUUUGCUGCUCGAAGUGUCAUUUCGCCCGACCCCAACAUUGAAACCAACGAAAUCGGUGUUCCUUUGGUGUUCGCUAAGAAGCUGACCUAUCCGGAACCCGUGACAAACCAUAACUUCUGGGAGAUGAAGCAGGCUGUCAUCAAUGGCCCGGACAAGUACCCCGGUGCUUCUGCGAUUGAGAAUGAAUUCGGUCAAGUCACCAAUCUCAGGUUCAAGAGUCUGGAUGAGCGGACAGCGCUGGCCAACCAGCUACUCGCCCCGUCCAAUUGGCGCAUGAAGGGAUCGCGUAACAAGAAGGUCUACCGUCAUCUUACUACCGGUGAUGUUGUUUUGAUGAACCGUCAGCCCACGCUCCACAAGCCUUCUAUCAUGGGUCACAAGGCUCGCGUUCUCCCCAACGAGAGAACUAUUCGCAUGCACUACGCUAAUUGUAAUACCUACAACGCGGAUUUCGACGGUGACGAAAUGAACAUGCACUUCCCUCAGAAUGAGCUUGCUCGAUCGGAGGCCAUGAUGCUGGCGGAUGCAGACCACCAGUAUCUUGUCGCUACAUCCGGCAAACCCCUCAGAGGUUUGAUUCAGGAUCACAUUUCGAUGGGAACGUGGUUCACCUGCCGAGACAGCUUUUUUGAUGAGGAUGACUAUCAUCAGUUACUGUACAACUGCUUAAGACCCGAGAAUUCUCACACGAUUACGGACCGGAUUCAAACGGUGGCCCCUGCGAUGAUUCGGCCAAAGCGUCUUUGGACCGGUAAGCAGGUUAUCACGACCAUCCUCAAGAACAUCAUGCCUUCCGACAGGGCCGGCCUCAACUUGAAGAGCAAAUCGUCAACCCCCGGAGACCGAUGGGGUGAAGGUAAUGAGGAAGGAGAAGUCAUUUUCAAGGAUGGUGAGAUGCUUUGUGGUAUCCUGGAUAAGAAGCAGAUCGGUCCUACCGCUGGUGGUCUGGUCGAUGCCAUUCACGAAAUCUAUGGACAUACCAUUGCCGGAAGGCUGAUGAGUAUCCUCGGUCGUCUCCUGACAAGAGUCUUGAACAUGCGUGCCUUUACUUGCGGUAUCGACGAUCUUCGGCUGACUGCCGAAGGCGACCGCGUGCGUAAGGAAAAGAUCAGCGAAGCGGCCGCCAUUGGCCGUGAAGUUGCAUUGAAGUAUGUCACCCUCGACCAGACUACUGUGCCCGAUGAGGAUGCCGAGUUGCGACGACGCAUGGAGGAAGUCCUCCGAGACGACGAGAAGCAGGGUGGCCUGGAUAGUGUUUCCAACGCUCGCACCGCGAAGCUUUCGACGGAGAUCACAAAGGCCUGCCUUCCAGGUGGUCUGGUUAAGCCCUUCCCGUGGAACCAGAUGCAGUCGAUGACAAUCUCUGGAGCCAAGGGUUCGAGCGUCAAUGCCAACCUGAUUUCUUGCAACUUGGGUCAGCAGGUUUUGGAGGGUCGUCGUGUGCCUGUCAUGGUCAGCGGCAAGACCCUGCCGUCUUUCAGGGCAUUCGACACGAACCCCAUGGCUGGUGGCUAUGUCUGUGGUCGUUUCUUGACUGGUAUCAAGCCCCAAGAAUACUAUUUCCACGCCAUGGCCGGUCGUGAAGGUUUGAUUGAUACUGCCGUCAAGACCUCUAGAUCCGGAUACUUGCAGCGUUGUUUGAUCAAGGGUAUGGAAGGGUUAAGGGCGGAGUACGACAGUUCGGUCCGUGAAGCUACUGAUGGUUCAAUCGUUCAGUUCUUGUACGGUGAGGAUGGUCUGGAUAUCACUAAGCAGGUCCACCUUAAGGACUUCGAUUUCCUGGCCUCGAAUUACGUCUCUAUCAUGGCUCAGGUCAAUCUGACCAGCGACUUCCACAACCUGGAGAAGGAGGAGGUGACGAACUGGCAUAAGGAUGCUAUGAAGAAGGUGCGCAAGACAGGAAAGUUCGAGGCCAUGGACCCUGUCCUUUCUCACUACCACCCCGGAGGUAACCUGGGCAGUAUCUCAGAGAGUUUCUCGCAAGAACUCAAGCAGUACGAGGACGCCAACAAAAGCAAGCUUCUGAAAGACAAGAAGAAGGAUGUCAACGGUAUCAUCAGCAAGAAGGCAUUCAACACUCUUAUGCACAUGAAGUAUAUGAAGUCUGUCGUCGAACCUGGUGAGGCUAUUGGUAUCGUCGCUGGCCAAUCUAUCGGUGAACCAUCCACUCAGAUGACCCUGAACACCUUCCACUUGGCUGGUCACUCGGCGAAGAACGUGACACUGGGUAUUCCCCGUUUGCGAGAAAUUGUCAUGACUGCCAGUGCGCAUAUCAUGACACCCACGAUGACUCUGGUCUUGAAUGAAGAGAUGUCUAAGGAGCAUUCCGAAAAGUUCUCCAAGGCUAUCAGCAAGCUUAGCAUCGCAGAGGUUGUCGACAAGGUCCAAGUUAGAGAAAGAGUUUCCUCGGGCAGCAUGAAGGCUAAGGUCUAUGAUAUUGACAUCACCUUCUUCCCAGCCGACGAGUACACUGCGGAAUACGCCAUCACGACCAAGGAUGUGCAGAACACCUUGCAGAACAAGUUCAUUCCUAAGCUCGUGAAACUCACCAAGGCGGAACUCAAGAAGCGUCACGAGGAGAAGACCAUGAAGAAGUUCUCCACUGCUCAGCCUGAGAUUGGUGUCUCUGUUGGCACUGUCCAGGAUGCACCUCGCGGCGAUGAUGCCGAGGAAGACGCUGCUGAUGAUGACAAUGAGGAUGACGAGGACGAUGCCAAGCGUGCUCGGGGUACUCAGAACCGGUCGAACCAGGUUUCUUACGAAGGCCCCGAGGACGAGGAGAUGGAAAUGAUCCGACAGCAGGAUGCCGAGGAAGAUGAUGAUGAGGACGACAAUGACACCGGUGAGAAACGCGAUGUCGAGAUGGACGAUGCUUCAGAUGACGAGUCCGAGGACGACACGAAAGACACAAAACUGCGUGAGGAAGAUAUCAAGGGCAAGUACCACGAAGUCACACAGUUCAAGUUCAACCCCCGUGACGGAGGAUCCUGCACUGUCCAGCUGCAGUACGACAUCUCGACCCCCAAGCUGCUCCUUCUGCCUCUGGUCGAGGAUGCUGCUCGCAGCGCUGUCAUCCAGUCUAUCCCUGGUCUCGGCAACUGCACGUUCGUCGAAGCCGACCCGAUCAAGGGCGAACCCGCCCAUGUCAUCACCGAAGGUGUCAACCUGCUUGCCAUGCGUGACUACCAAGACAUCAUCAAGCCUCACUCCCUCUACACCAACUCCAUCCACGACAUGCUCACCCUCUACGGUGUCGAAGCUGCACGUGCCUCGAUUGUCAAGGAAAUGUCGGACGUUUUCCAGGGUCACAGUAUCUCCGUUGACAACCGCCACCUGAACCUGAUCGGUGACGUGAUGACCCAGUCCGGUGGCUUUCGCCCCUUCAACCGUAACGGUCUCGUCAAGGAUGGCUCCUCCCCGUUGGCCAAGAUGAGUUUCGAAACCACUGUGGGAUACCUCAAGGAGGCCGUCGUUGAGAGAGACUUUGAUAACCUGAAGAGUCCCAGUGCCAGAAUCGUCGUCGGCCGCACCGGCACCGUCGGUACCGGCGCGUUCGAUGUCCUUGCUCCGGUGGCGUAAAGUAAUUGGCGUGUUGCAUUUAUCUGUCCUUAUUGUAUAUGUGCAAAAUCUUAGUUCCUGUAUUUCUAUUUCUUUUUUCCUACUGUUCUUGUCUGACGUGUCCAACGAUCUCUGCAGUUGUCUUUCAGCGGGAAUAAGAAAAAAGUUUUUCUUACGCAGAUCGAAUCUACCUUUCAAAUAGUACGAGCAAUCAAUAGAACUCUGGG